CGUAAAGCCUUAGAACAAACACACACAUAACACAGACAGCCUUUAUAGAGCCUUUUGGGUGCUUCAAACAACGCACCAAAGCACCCUAAGCAGUCCAUUGAUUUUGCGUUGAAAAUGGGCAGGCAACCUUGCUGCGACAAACUUGGCGUUAAAAAAGGGCCUUGGACCGCCGAGGAAGACAAGAAGCUCAUCAACUUUAUACUCACUAAUGGGCAGUGCUGUUGGCGGGCUGUCCCUAAGCUUGCUGGCCUCCGCCGCUGCGGCAAAAGCUGCCGUCUUCGUUGGACCAAUUACCUCCGCCCUGACCUUAAGCGAGGCCUUCUCACUGAAGCUGAAGAACAAUUGGUGAUUGAUCUUCAUGCUCGCCUUGGAAACAGAUGGUCGAAGAUAGCGGCCAGAUUACCGGGAAGAACAGACAAUGAAAUAAAGAAUCAUUGGAACACUCACAUAAAGAAGAAGUUGAUUAAGAUGGGAAUCGAUCCUGUUACGCACGAACCGAUCCAAAAACAGCCAGAGGAUCCAAAAGGCCAGACAGAAAAUUCCACCGGAAACCACCAUUGCACGGCGGAGAACGACAGCGGCUUGGAGAACAGCAGCUCGAUCACCACGGACAGCGGUUUCUGGAUUGAUGAGGAAACACUUUGGAACAAUAGCCCACCAACGAGUGCAAAAGAAGGCAAGUUUGUGUGGGAAGAGAGCUGUUCAUGGCUUCUUGAUUGUGAGGAUUUUGGUAUCCAUGAUUUUGGGUUUGACAAUUUUAAUGAUUUUGAAUUCAUGAACACAACAGAAAUGGAAGGAAAAAACUAGAAAA